AUGGGCGACCCGCACCUCCUCUCCUCCGCCCACCCCACCGCCGCUGCCGCCGCCGCCGCCGCCUCCUCCUCCUCGGCUCGAAAACACCCUGGCCCCAUCGACGAGCGCCUCGCCGCGUCCGAUCCUUCCCCGUCCUUCGCCAAGCGUCCUAGGGUUGCGGCGGAGCCGCCCGCUUCCGGCGGCUGCGUUCCGUACGUCGAGGCGGAUGUACGAGCUCUUGUAUCGAUGGCCGGAGGAAUUUACCCGCUGGCGCGGGCAGAGGCGCUCCGUGGACUCACCUCGGUCCUCGAGAAGGUCAACCCCAGCAGCCGUGUCAGCGCAGGGAUCACGGAGUGCUGCUACAAAUGCGCGGUGGAGCUCAUGAGGGACGACGACAACGGCGUCAGGUUAGCCGUCGUGCGAUUGCUAAGCUCCAUGGCUAGGGACAUGUGCACACAAGUGAGAAUGGAAGCAUUCGCUGCCCUUGGUAAAAUGCAACGAGUUUCUGAGUGUGUUCUGCUACAGUCGCUGUAUAAGAAGGUCAUAAAAACUGACAGUAUGGGUGUUUCUAUCAUCAACGGGCAAAAAUUACCUCCUAAACUAAAAAUUCCCUGUGCUGCUGGGAUUUUUUCCCAUGGAAUUGAAGAUGAGUUUUACCAGGUGAGAAGAACUGCUUGCAAAUCAUUAGGAGCACUGGCAAAGUUUUCUACUCAGUACACAGAGAAGGCCUUGGACUUGUUGAUGGACAUGAUGAAUGAUGAUAUGGAAGCAGUUAGGCUGCAGACUUUGGAAGCACUAUUUCAUAUGGCAACAUAUGGAUAUUUGAGUGUGCAGGAGAAGCACAUGCAUAUGUUUCUUGGAUUGCUGGUUGAUGCCAAUGCCUUAAUUCGAGAUGCAGCACGCAAGAUCCUUUGGGAACAGGAUAUAUAUGGUAUUCUGUUUUCCAUUGGUAAGAAUCAUGGGAGCUUUUCAGCUAACAUAGCUAAACAUUUGGCCAAAGAGAUCACUAUGGCAUCUGAUGGAGAGCUUAUCUUGGACAAAUCAAGGGUCAAAGCAUUGUUAAUAGUGUCUAUUUCAGCACCUUUUUCUGAUGAUAAGCACAAGAAGCUGGACAUACCUUCGAUUAUCUUCUCACGUGCAAUUCCUCUACUGGAGAAGGUCUCGUGUGCACUAGGAGGAGAGGUUAAUCAGGAUUCACUCUUAUCUUACUUGUGUCAUAAAGGUGGAAUGCCAUUUUGGGAAAACAGAUCAGUAUCUGCAGAGUUUGGAGAAUCUGAAAGCUGCAAUGUUGAAACAGUGGAAAUUGGUGCCCAUAUAGAAAAUACUGCAAAGGAAACCAAGUGUCUAGAUGAAGUUUUGGUAAUGCAAUCCAUGAAAUCCAUACUAGAAAUAGUUGAAGGAGCCUGGACUAUGAGAAUGUCGUUUAAUGUCUGUGAAGUCCGAACUAUUUUGAGAACAUGCAAAGAAGAGCUAAGAUUGUUGGCAGAAAAUUCUUCUGGAUCAGUUGGUGCAUUCUUGAGGUUUCUGAGUGAGUAUCUUGAUGCAAUAUUGUUCAUUGUUGAAAUAUGGCAGUUGAUUCAGUUGGACAAUCCUUAUACUUUUGGCCUAACGUCACUUGAUAUUUUACUGGAGAAGUUGGAUAUGUCUGUAAGAAGGAUGGAAUACUGUUAUGUUGGAUUAAAUAGAGUAUUGGAGGUCCAAGUGUUGGAGCUUUCUUUGAUAGCUCAUUUAUGUAGACUGUCAAAGAUUGCAGUUUGUUCCAAGGUAGUUCUGGGUAAGUUGCUUUGGGUAAUUAAUCGCUUAGAGGAUCUGUGUGCUGAUGGGUCCUGUGAACUGUCUGACUUCAGUAGAGAAAUUAAGAAGGCCUGUGAUACCAACCCUACUGGCGACAAUCUGAUUGGCAGCAUUAACAAUUUGUUUCAACUCUUCCGUCUAAAACCAAGAACAGACUUUGGAAUGCUUAAAAUGAUAAAUGUAGUGUUGCAAGUCUGUGAUAAUGAUUCUGAAAAUCCAUUACAAUACAUUUGUGGAUUACCAGUGGGCGUCAGCUUUAAAAUAUCUCUGUGGAACGUAUCUAGUCAUCAUAGAUUGUGGCUCUGCAUGACUAUUGGUGAAUCUAUGCAACAUACCUUCCUAGAUUUUUCUUGUUUUGGAGGCAAUGAUGAGGUGAAGAGCGGCUCUAUGGUUGUUCCUCUGUAUGCUACUCCAAAGGCAUGUUCAUUUGUGCUUAGGGUAUGUGUGGUAAUGGAAUGUCCAUCUGCAGGGAUCAGCACCCACCACGGAGAUGGAGGACCGAGUGAUUAUGUGGUUCAACUCUCUGAUGAACUGGAUGUUUAUUUUGUUAGUGCUGUACAAUGGUGA